CGGGAAAUGGCGACUGGCUGAAGGAGCUGGUUCUGUUGCUGCUGCGGGCUAAGCGGGAAAGACACCACGUGUUGCGCAGUCGGGACCAUCGCCGGAGCCUGAGGACACUUCUCUGUCGUCACAGUUAGUUUUACAUGUGGCACCCAUAAAAGAUGAGGCUGAGAACACGGAAAGCUUCUCAGCAAUCAAAUCAAAUCCAAACACAACGCACUGCCAGAGCAAAGAGGAAAUAUUCAGAGGUUGAUGAUAGCCUGCCUUCAGGAGGAGAAAAACCACCGAAGAAUGAAACUGGCUUGUUGUCUUCAAUUAAAAAAUUCAUUAAAGGAAGCACACCCAAAGAAGAGAGAGAAAAUCCUUCAAAACGGAGUAGAAUUGAACGUGAUAUAGAUAAUAAUUUGAUCACAUCAACACCAAGAGCAGGAGAAAAGCCUAACAAACAGAUAUCUCGAGUAAGACGGAAAAGUCAAGUAAAUGGAGAAGCUGGUAGUUACGAAAUGACAAAUCAACAUGUAAAACAAAAUGGAAAAUUAGAAGAUAAUCCUUCCUCUGGCAGUCCUCCAAGGACUACAUUGUUGGGGACCAUAUUUUCUCCUGUCUUCAACUUUUUUUCACCAGCAAAUAAAAAUGGAACAUCAGGAUCCGAUUCCCCAGGACAGGCUGUGGAAGCUGAAGAGAUAGUAAAACAGCUUGAUAUGGAACAGGUGGAUGAGAUCACUACCAGUACUACUACAUCAACUAAUGGAGCAGCUUACUCAAAUCAAGCAGUUCAAGUGAGGUCAUCAAUAAAUAAUGGUUUAGAAGAAGCAGAAGAAACAGUUAAUCGUGAUAUCCCACCCCUUACAGCACCAGUAACUCCAGAUAGUGGUUAUUCAUCAGCCCAUGCAGAGGCCACCUAUGAAGAAGACUGGGAAGUAUUUGACCCCUAUUAUUUCAUCAAACAUGUUCCACCACUGACAGAAGAACAACUAAAUAGGAAACCUGCCCUUCCAUUGAAGACAAGAAGCACACCAGAAUUCUCCCUAGUUUUAGACUUGGAUGAAACACUAGUACACUGUAGUUUAAAUGAGCUAGAAGAUGCAGCACUUACUUUUCCAGUCCUUUUCCAAGAUGUCAUUUAUCAGGUUUACGUGAGAUUAAGACCAUUCUUCAGGGAAUUCCUGGAACGAAUGUCUCAGAUGUAUGAGAUCAUUCUUUUUACUGCUUCUAAGAAGGUGUAUGCAGACAAGUUACUGAACAUACUAGACCCUAAAAAGCAACUGGUCAGGCACCGGCUUUUCCGCGAACAUUGUGUUUGUGUACAAGGAAACUAUAUAAAGGACUUAAAUAUCCUUGGAAGAGAUCUUUCAAAAACUAUAAUAAUUGACAACUCACCACAAGCCUUUGCAUAUCAGCUAUCUAAUGGAAUCCCUAUAGAAAGCUGGUUUAUGGAUAAAAAUGACAAUGAACUUCUAAAAUUGAUUCCAUUUCUGGAGAAGCUAGUAGAACUGAAUGAAGAUGUUCGACCUCACAUCAGAGACCGAUUUCGCUUGCAUGAUUUGCUGCCCCCAGAUUAAGUACAAAGACUUGUCAAAUCACUGAAGGGGGAGAGAAUGCAGGACCCUUUUGGACUAAGACAAAAACAUUGCCAUUACUGUUGAAAUUUUGCAUUUUUGUACCCCGUCUUGCUUUUCUUAUCUUGGUGCCCAAUAAUAAUCAAGGGUUACAGAAAGAGACUUUAUCUCAGAUUGAAUACAUACAGUAGGUAGGCUAAAACAGAAGAGUCUUUAGAACUAGUGCAACUUCCAGUGAAAUUUUUUUAUGUACAGGACAUCUGCAGUUUAUAAAGAAUUCUGUUUCUGCCACCAGCAGUUUGACCUGUAGUCACACAGGAUUUUAUGAUAAUAACAGAGAUGAAAAUGGACUUUUAUUUUCUCUCUGUUUGGUGCUCUAAGUGGGUUUGUAGCCACUUUUCUGUUACUUUAAAAUUCUCAUUUCAACAGGAAUGGCCAGUAAAAGUUGUUUUAUUUUUCCUGUUAAGGUUUAUAACCUUUUUACAUUUUUGACCUGUAUUAGAUUAGAAUUUCAUUAUGCAUUCCUUUUAGUUGAGGCGCUUCAUAGUUUUCUGGAAAUAGUCAAUUUUUAGUUUUUUAUUAUACAUUUGAAUGGCCGUUUUCCUGCUUUGUCUGCCUGCAUAUUGUAUAUUUGUUUAAAAAUAUUCUCUACUUUUAGUCCAUGUAAGUUUCAUUUAGAACAUGCAUUUAUAUUUUGUUUCUGUAAUAUUCUACUGUAGGUGAAAUCUUUUCAAAAAUCAAGAGACUGGGUAGAUAAGAAUAUAUGAAUGACUAAUAUUCAAAAGAUUUAAACCAUUGUGAUGGCAUGUGUUCCCAAGUGGUAAUAUCUUGCAGUGGCACACAGAUUUGAUGGAUAAAAGGUAUACCUCAGACUUCACUGUGCUCACCAAUCUUUGAGGAGAAUGCGUUUGGUCACCUGUUGGGCUUGAUUUGGUUACUGAUGCCUUUGGUUUUCUCCAGGAAUGAAGUAUUCAGCACAGUGAUUCAGUAUUUUUAGUUACUUUGCAUGGGCUGGUAGUACCUCUGUUAUGCUCUCAGUUACAAUCAAUUAAAACUCUGUGUAACAGUCUUGGUACCUUACAGUAGCUAUGCAUAAUCCUGUGGCACAGUAAACUCCCAAGCCACCAAUGCAGUUAAUAUGUUCUCAUAGUGGUUUUCUAUGCUAUAUGAAAAUAGUCUUCAAGCCUUGGUUCUCUAAUGCAGCUACCACAAGAGGUUGAUAUUUUUAUAGUGGCGUGUAAUCUCUUUUUCGGGAGGCUUUUUAUGGAAGGUAGAAUUUGUAAAAGUUAGUAUGCUUUGCCUCUCAACUGCAUUAUCAUGCCACAGGCUCAGACUGUUUUUGUGUAAAGGAUGUCAAAGAACGGCACUUUUUCUAAAGAGAAGUUUGAUAUUUUGUAUGCUUGUUAAGAAAGUACAGUAUUGGAAAUUAAAGGUGGACAACUGAUAAUUGAGGAGUAUGUCACUUAAUUUUUUAUGUAUAUUUACCUGUUUACUUGUACAACUUAUUGUACAAAUUACAUGCAGCUUCAUUUUCAAAUGAAUCCUUAAAAUAAGGAAAUCUUUUUAGGAAAACAUUUAAUUUUUGUAUUUUUGAUUUUAAAGGCAUGAGUUAUGUCAGUUUUCAGUGUAUUAAUGAAGAUUUUAACUUUUCAUCAGGUUGAGUGUUUUCUUACUAUAUUAUCUGUUGUGUAUGUAGUUAGCAUAUUGUGUCACUGAACUGUUUAAAAAUCUAGCAUGUAGAGCAAGCCUGUUUUGUGGAAAAUCCUUAUUCAUUAAAAAAAUAAUCAUGGCAGAUUUUCUGCAAAAAAAAAAAAAAAAAAAGCAAAAGCAUUUGCAAUUCAGAAUACUGGGGUUUUUUUUGUUGUUUGUUUGUUUUUAAUUUAAAGAAAGGUAUUUUGCUUGCAGGAAAAAAAUACUACAGAUUCAUUUUAAUGAGAAUCUUUGAAAUGUAUUUAUCUUUAGGGCAUCUGGGCAUCUUUAUGCUGUUUGUCUUCUGUCUUUCUUGAAAUAAAAUGUACAUAUGUUACCUUUACAUAUGCUCUUGCUCAAAAUUGUGAACCUGGUUACAUUUCUCCUUGCUCCCUUUUUAUGUUCAAACAGCAAAACCCAAAACCUAUACAGGAUCUAAACUUUCAGCUUGCAUUAUAAUUGCUGAAAGCUUUUCUGAUUAAGUAAAUACAGUCUCAAUGGGCUUUCCCACAACUAAAAGGGAAAUGUAAGCACCUAUAUAUACCACUGUGCCUAUAGGCACUUUAAAAACAACUUUUAAUCAUCUUUUAUUGGUAAAGCUGUUUUUGAUCCCCUGCUAGGAGAGCUCCUUUAAGUUGACUGACAAAUGAAUCAAGCCUAACAAGAUUCUGUAAAGAAAUAAACUAAGGGAGAAUUUUAUAUGGCCUGAGAAAAUUU